AUUAUGAGGUGUACGGUUGUUAGGUUAUAAAAACUAUUUUUGUCUAAAAGUAUAGAAAAGUGAAUAAAAAUGAAGAUCCUUACAAACGAGAAUAAUACCUCGACGCUGAAAUUAUUAAUUGCUGCCAACUUGGCCGGAAAAAAAGUGGAAUUGCAAAAUGUUACCUUUGAAGGCGUGUUCGCAGGCCCCCGCUCGCUGCCACUCCUCGAGGUGGACGACCAGCUCGCAUUUUUCUCCAGCAACGCUGCCACGCAGUACCUGUUCCCGGUGCUGGACAUGUCGCAGAAUGGACAGAGCCAACAGAUGCAAGAAUGGGAGGCGACGAGACUGCAACCUGCCGUGUCGGCUGUGCUCGCCGCUAAGACGGUGCCGGCAGAUCUCAAGCAAGCGCUGGACGCGCUGCUACAACACGUCGAGGCCCUCGUCGCCACUAAGAAAUACUUGUUUGGAGACAUGCUGUCAGCGGCCGACAUAUCGUUAUGGAGCACCCUAUACCCCCUGUACCACAGCGAAGCCCUAAAGACAUACCUGGCCCCAUACAAUAACACGCUGCGGUGGUACGCUGAUAUAGCACAGGCCAAAGCUGUUCAGGAAGCGGUGAAACAGUGGGGCGGUUCAGUGGCCAAACCUUUCGCUCCGGUCUCGGCUUUGGGUGCUCCGCAACUGGCCAGCAUGGCGUCACCUGUUGGCACCCCAAUGGAAGGACCCGCAGUGGUCCCAGGUCCGACAGAUGAAGAAAUAGCCAGUGCCCAAGAGAGCUGGCAACACGGCCGCAGUCGGCUACAGGCGCCGCUGAAGCAGGACAAAUUCGCAAUGCCAGUGAAUGACAGGAGAAACGUCUUGAUCACGUCGUCCCUACCCUACGUUAACAACAUACCUCAUUUAGGGAACAUCAUUGGUUGCGUCUUAUCAGGAGACAUUUUUGCCAGAUAUUGUAGAUUAUGUGAUUAUAAUACAAUAUACAUAUGCGGCACGGACGAGUACGGAACAGCUACUGAAACCAAAGCUCUACAAGAGGGGGUGACACCCCAACAGAUUUGCGAUAAGUAUUUCGACAUCCACAACUCCGUGUAUCGCUGGUUCGACAUAGGAUUUGACCAUUUUGGACGCACCACUACACCCGAACACACACAAUUAGUACAAAAGCUGUUCCGUCAAGUGAAAGAGAAUGGGUUCAUUAAUUCACAGACGGUCGACCAGCUGCACUGCGAGAAAUGUGACAAAUUCUUAGCUGACAGGUUCGUAGAAGGCACCUGCCCGCAUCCCGGUUGCCUAUACGAAGACGCCAGAGGCGAUCAAUGUGACAAGUGCGGGAAACUGGUCAACGCGAUAGAACUUAUAAAGCCGCGCUGCAAAAUAUGCGGAGACUCGCCGGCGGUGCGGCCGAGCGAACAACUGUUCAUAGAGCUAGGGCAGUUGGAACCAGCUCUACGCUCAUGGGUGACCAAAGUGGAGCACGGCUGGUCGCCAUCCGCCCGGGCCGUGGCCCGCUCCUGGCUGCGGGAACCACUCCGCGCCCGCGCCGUCACCAGAGACCUGAAGUGGGGCGUGUCUGUCCCGCUCGAGGGGUACACCAAUAAGGUGUUCUACGUAUGGUUCGACGCCCCGAUAGGGUACUGGAGUAUAACACAAUGCCUCACUAAAGACUACGAGAAAUGGUGGAAACCCGACAAAGAUAUACAUGUGAAGCUGUACCAAUUCAUGGCAAAAGACAACGUUCCGUUCCACGCUAUAAUGUUCCCGACGGCCAUCAUCGCGGCCAACCAGGGCCAUGUGCUUGUUGACCACAUCUUCGCUACAGAAUACCUUAACUACGAGGAAGGGAAAUUCUCAAAGUCAAGAGGAGUGGGGGUUUUCGGUACAGACGCUCAGGACACGGGAAUCCCGUCUGACGUGUGGCGAUUCUACCUAGCCAGCGUGAGACCUGAGAGCUCAGAUUCCAGCUUUAGUUGGGUUGAGCUCGGUACAAGAAAUAACUCGGAGCUGCUGAACAACCUGGGCAACUUCUGCCACCGUUCUCUAAGCUUCUGCGCCAACUCGUUCAAGGGCAGGGUGCCGGAGCUUCGCGCCACGCGGGCAGAUUAUGAGCUGAUGGCGCUCGUCAACAGGGAGCUGGUCGCGUACGUCCAACACAUGGAGAAGGGACGGCUUAGAGAAGCCCUAAAACACGUCCUUCUCAUAUCCAAGCUUGGAAACCAACAUAUGCAGUCGUCACAACCGUGGGUGCUACUCAAAGGCACAGAUGAUGACAAAGAACGUGGUUCAACAGCUAUUGCCAUGUGCUGCCAACUAGUGGCGUUGCUAUGUGUGUUGCUGACGCCAUACAUGCCUGCCACCAGCCGACGCUUACGGGACCAGCUUAACGUGACCCCUGACACGCUGAAACUCAAUCCCACGAAUCCUUCGUUCAUCCAGUACUUGCCGGUGGGUCACGUGAUAGGCAAACCGGAGCCCCUGUUUACCAAGAUCGAGCCAGAGGUCCUGGAGACACUUAGAGCCAAGUACGCCGGCACGCAGGACGACAGGGAAAAGAAGUUAAACGGUGACGUCACAAGUAUAAGUAAGAGUAGCGUGGCCGAAUUAGAGAAAGCUGUGGCGGAACAGGGUGAGAAAGUCCGAAAGCUCAAAGCGUCGACGAAAGACAAAGCAGUAUGGACACCGGAAGUGAACAAACUGCUGGAACUGAAGAAACAGCUGACGGCUGCGCAGGCGCAGGCCCAAGCCCCGCCCACUUCCGCUUCCGUGGCCGACUUGGAAAAGGCAGUGGCUGAACAGGGCGAGAAGGUGCGACAACUUAAGGCGUCGACCAAAGACAAGGCGGUGUGGGCACCGGAAGUCAACAAACUGCUCGAGCUGAAGAAACAGCUGACGGCCGCGCAGCAUGCCACGCCCACUUCCGUUGACAGUGUUGCCAGCUUGGAGAAAGCUAUCGCGGACCAGGGCGACAAAGUGCGAAAGCUGAAGGCCUCAACCAAGGACAAGGCUGUUUGGACCCCAGAGGUCAACGUACUCUUGGACCUCAAGAAACGACUCGCGGCCCUACAAACCAAGUAGACAGUAUACGGCGG